AUGGAGGAGGGUCCUUCAUGGAAAGCUGCUAUACUUACAUCCCUCUUUGAACGUGAUAUUAUCGAGAAGUCAUUUUUUACUGAAAUUUUUACACAGUACAACUCAAAUAAGGACCUUGUGUUAUACCUUAAGGGGGAAAACACUCGUCUUGUACGUGAACUAACAUUAUGCCAACAAGAGAAAUCCUCAAUACAGCUUGAACUUGAAAAGAUAAAGUCUGUUAAAUCUUAUGACUAUGAGCAGAAGGUGUUUCAUUUACAAGAAGAGGUUACUGAAUUGCAUCGACAGAAAGGGAACCUCGCGCAAAAUGUUAUUGAUUUAAACAGGGUUCUCCAGGAGAAAGACACCUUGCUCCAAUCAAAGUCCUUGAAGAUUUCGGAGUUAGAGGAUUGCCUUAAGGCUAACCAAGUGCAGAACCAUCACUUAAUGGAAAAGGUUAAGGGACUAGAGGAAGCUAAAGAAUUGCUUACAGAUGAACAGGCCUCACACUUAAUGACCACGAAGGCAUUAGAAACAAAAAACAGGCAACUUGAGGAUGAUAAUCUGCAACUUAUGAAACGAAUAAAAGCCCUCCAGUCCACUGUAGAAAGAUUGAAAAAUAUAGAGUAUGAUGUGCAGUAUAGAAAAACUCAAGAAACAAUCCGCAAGAAUCUUCAAGAUGCAGUUAAUUCGACUAUAUUCGUUACUGAUAGUGAUUGUUCUGACAAACCACUACCCUGUAAAUCUGCACUUCCGCGUAAUGUUGCAGUCAAAAUAGAUGCUAAUGAAAAUGAAGUAAAUAGUGUUCGAUUCACCCCAUCAGGUCACAUUUUCGGAUCAGCGGGAUUCGAUCGUAAACUCCGAUUAUGGACAUAUCUAAAUGGAAAAUGUGAAAUCCAUUCAACCCUUGUUGGUUGUAAUGCUGCUGUUACUGCCAUAGAUUUUGACCCAAAUGAAACUGCUGUUUUAGGUGCCUCAAGUGAUUUUUCGUGUCGUGUAUGGACACUUAAUGAUUCCAGACUUCGAGUCAAUUUGACAGGACAUUCUGAGCGUGUUAUCUCUGCUAAAUUUAUGGGGUCUGCUAACCGCGUUGUUACUGCUUCAUCAGACAGAACGAUCAAGAUUUGGGACGUUGACAAGUGCUGUUGUAGGCGUACCAUCAUGGCUGCCUCCACAUUCCAAGAUGUAGUUGUUUGUCCUUCCAUGUCUGCGCUUGUUACUGGCCAUUUCGAUCAGCAUUUACGCAUUUGGGAUGAAAGAUCGGGAGAAAAUACUGGCAAAAUCUUGCUCUCCGGGCGCAUUACUGGUAUGGACAUCUCAUCUGAUUUCUCAACUGUUUUAUCUUGUACACGUAACAACACUUUAGAAAUUGUGGAUUUACGUAUGAAUCAAGUUACACAAUGCUUGAAAGCUGAUGGUUUUCAAACAGGUUUAGAUAUAGUUCGACCAUGUUUCUCACCUGACUCAGAUUAUGUAGCUGCUGGCGGACAUGACGGUGGAGUUUAUAUUUGGAGCACAGUUUCAGGGAAUUUAGAAAUUUGUCUCCGUGACCACACAAAUAUUGUCGUCUGUUGUCACUGGAAUCCGAAUGGUAAUUCUUUAGUUUCAUGUGAACGUAUUAAGAAAGCAAUUGUUUGGUCUAGUUUGUAA